ACCGUUGCCUAGUCAUGUUGCUACUGUCGACUGCUCACACUAGAUCUUGUCGUAGCGGACGGUGAAGGUUACCUGCUUCAACAGUGCUUGAACGGAAACCUUUCUACUGUCUUUCCGCGCCUUCACCUACCAUCCACACGCAUUCUAUCAAACACGUCGAUCAUCUGGCGAGUUUUGUUUUUUGCUUAAACGUCAGCGAAGGCGGCCGUAGAACCCAAAACAACCUCAGCUAACUGUUUUGCUAGCCACGCAAAACACGUCGUUACCUUCACACAAGAAAACCUGCUUCUGGAAUCUGAAAAAUGAGUUCCCAGGUGAGACAGAAUUUCCACCAGGAUUGUGAGGCUGCCAUCAACAGGCAGAUCAACCUGGAGCUGUAUGCCUCCUACGUCUACCUGUCCAUGUCGUUCUACUUUGAAAGGGACGACCAGGCGUUGCACAACUUUGCCAAGUUCUUCAGAAACCAGUCCCAUGAGGAGCGUGAGCAUGCUGAGAAGCUGAUGAAACUCCAGAACCAGAGGGGAGGAAGGAUCUUCCUUCAAGAUGUCAGGAAGCCGGAGCGAGAUGAGUGGGGCAGUGGUGUGGAGGCCCUUGAAUGUGCCUUGCAGUUGGAGAAGAGUGUCAACCAGUCACUACUUGACCUGCACAAGCUCUGCUCUGACCACAAUGACCCACACCUGUGCGACUUCAUUGAAACCCACUAUCUGGACGAGCAGGUGAAAUCCAUCAAAGAACUGGGAGACUGGGUGACCAACCUGCGGCGCAUGGGGGCCCCUCAAAACGGCAUGGCAGAGUACCUGUUUGACAAACACACUUUGGGCAAAGAAUCCAGUUAAAUCCACUCUGAGAAUAUAUUGUUUCUUAUCUUAUACACAAAUACAAUGUACAAUGUUUGCAUGCUUCUGCUGGUAAUUUAAAGCUCUGAUAUUGGUCAAGCUUGGACCGCAUGUCCUCCAUGUUACUCUGAUCGUGUGUUCUGAGAAUCUCGAUUACGUCCUGUAGCCUCACGCUUGAUAGUAACGAUACAUUUUCUGUUUAUUGCCCAAAGCUGUUCUAUCUUAAUAAACCAAACCCUCUGAAAUCA